AUGUUGACGUACAAUUCCGCCGCGCGGCGGUCUGCAUUUGCCCGUGUGCCAGACUGCCCAAUUUGCGGCUCGGUUUCCGUUAUCAACUCUAAUAGAUCUGGCCAGUGCGACGAAACAAAACCUAAGUGUAACCAGUGUGCAAAGUCUCGACGAGAAUGUCCUGGUUAUAAAGACGAAUUUGAUUUGGUAUUCCGCAACGAGACAGAAGCUACCGAACGAAGGGCUCUCAAAGCAAACAACAAGGCCCUGGCCCUCAAGACCGGGAGGCCAUCUUCCAGAAAGUCGCCAGAGCAGAGGUCUCCAUCCGGCUCAGUCCGAUCAAGAACCUCGACAAGCCCCACGCUGGCGCCAACUCAUUCAAUCGGCGAACGAGCAGCCCACCACUUCGUCUCAAAUUAUGUCCUGAUUCCACCACAAGGGACUCAGCGGGGGUAUUUCGAGUUUGUUAUCCCGCUCAUCACGGCCGAGAACCCUUCUCCCCACUUUAAACUAGCUUUUGAAGCAUGCGCGCUCGCUUACUUUAGUAACCGAAUGAAGAAUACGGAACAUCUGGAGAAGCAGGCAAUCUAUAAAUACGUCAACGCGCUAGCUACCACGGGGCAAGCCAUUCAGGACCCCUUCGAGUCAAGGCAGGAUGGGACGGUCGCGGCCGUACUUCUUCUCAGCUUAUUUGAGAAUAUUACUACUCGGCAUUUUGGCAUGCUUGCAUGGAGCACACACACUGAAGGCGCCAUCCAACUCGUCCAAAACCGCGGUCGAGAGCAGCUUAAGACCAAAGUUGGGCGAGACAUUUUUGUUACAGUUCGCACUCAACAAAUUAUUCACGCUUUCAGUUCUGGUCAACCCGCCGCGCGUAAUGUCGAUUUCUGGAUCAAAGACGCAAUCAAGGACCCGUUUGCCAGUGAUCUGCAGAGGAUCACGCUACAAAUCAGUGAAAUCAAGACGGAGAUCAACAGACUCUUGGUUUCGCUGCACCACUCGCCCGAAAACGUCAAGAAAAUGGUGCAGAUCAUACGCAAGUGCCAAGCCAAGAAUCAGGAGCUAUUACAGUGGUGUGAUGGUAUCCCCGAAAACUACCGCGGCAAGCCCGUGACUUGGGUGAAUGAUCUGCCGGAUGGCGACUACACCAAGGCGGAAGUGUUUCCGGGCCGAGUUGACGCCUUCCAAGACCUCUGGGUUACGACAGUUUGGGUCACAAUGCGAUGCUCAAGACUUGUUCUGGCAUCCAUGAUUGUGAGAGCUGUGGCUUGGGUUUAUUCUCCAAUAGACUACCGCACCACCCCCGAAUAUGCCACCUGGUCAAACACCUGUGCGGCCAUCAUCACCGACCUUUGUGCGGCUAUCCCCUACCAGUUAGGUUGGUUCAAAACACGACAGGAGCUCCUCGAGCGCUCGGAUCUCACCAGCUAUUGCUGCGGUGAUGAGGCGGAAGUCAAGGGCCUUUCUGGUUACUUCGUCACUUGGCCCCUCAGCUGCAUCAUCACACAAGACUAUUCAACAGUUGGUCAAAGAGAAUGGGCAAACGGUAGACUCGAAUAUAUUGCGUCUGAUCUCGGCGUUGGGUACGCCAAGAUGUUGACGCAUAUCAAAGUUCGAGUGCCUUCAAUGCUCAUCAAGCGAGACGCUAUGGCUGCGAGCGGCUCGGUUGACACAUCAGCGGUCGAUUUCGAGAAGAUUCUCUCUAACCGAAUCGUGCCUCCGUCCGGACUGGCUUUUGAGUCCACAUUUGGACAAAAGCGGGAACGAAUGGCAACGUUUGAUCAGCAGCAAAGAGCGGCUAGGGAGGCAGCCCUGGCAUAUUACAGGUUCUCGGGUGACGGUGCCCAUUAA